GAGGAGACAGAGGACAUUGCAGUGCAGGUACAGCACUGGUAGAGGCAACCCUCGACUCAUCUAUGCCCCUAUAAAAGAAGAGCAGGAAUGGGACCAUCCACUAAUAAUACGAUAUCAUGACCUUGUAUCUGAAAGGGAGAUUGAGACCAUAAAACAUCUAUCCAGAUCAAAGCUUGACAGAGCAAAGAUGUCAGACCAUGUGACAGGAGAAAGAUUUUCAGCUGAAACCCGUGUGGCUAAAAGUGCAUGGCUGGCUGACGAGGACAACCCUGUCAUCUCCCGUCUUACCCAGAGAAUGGCUGACCUGACUGGGCUGGACAUGGAGGCAGCAGAGAUGCUCCAGGUUGCAAAUUAUGGGAUUGGGGGCCAAUAUGAACCACACUUUGACUACAAGCUGAACAAUGACACAGACUACACGACGAGGGGUGGCAGGAUCGCAACGAUCUUAAUCUAUAUGAGUGAUGUGGAAGUGGGUGGAUCGACUGUGUUCCCUGAUAUAGGAGCUGCUCUACGACCGUACAAGGGUUCAGCGGUGCUGUGGUACAACCUUUUGCAGAAUGGAGAGGAGGACGCUAGGACCUUACACGCUGCAUGCCCUGUAUUUGUGGGCAAUAAAUGGGUUGCCAAUAAAUGGGUGCGGGCUCAUGGACAGGAGUUCAGGAGAAGAUGCUCUUUGUCCCAGAUGGACUGAGACUGGAGCCAGGAUGGAUUCUCCCCUCAGUUUACCUACACAUUCCUGCACAUUUGACCAUUGUUACUCUCCUUGGCCUCAGCUGGCCACCUAAAGGAGGGACCCACUGAAUCACACAAAACCACCUUUCAAGUGUUUGUGCAGUGAAGCAGGACAAGAUGCCAACAAUACCAAGCUGGCAUUUGACCUGUGUGGCAUUUUUUUUUUACAGUAAUUGUCGAGCAUUAUAUUGUUAGCGGAGAGUAGUUUACGUGAUUGAUUUGACAAACAUUGAAACGUGUCUCAACAUCUCUGCAAGAUCUGCAUUAUAAAUGUAAAAUAUAAAAUAUUUGGACCACAAAUCACUGUUCCUCUAUACAUACUACAGAAUAUUUUAAUUUUAGCAUCCAUAUAAUCUGCAGCACAUACACACAAACAUAUACACACGCACAGGCAAUCACCCACACAUUGACGUACACUUGUGUGCACACAGAUAAACAAAGGGAGGAUAGAAGAGAUCAAAACUAAAUGAAGAGGAAGUGCUACUAUAAAGCCUGAAAAGUUCAGUUUUCUGAUGUCAUAUGUGCUGUGUAAACCCAGAUAAUGUUUUUUUCAUAUCUAAUCCACUAAGAUAUGAGGUCAAUUCUGAUUUUCAAUUUUUCAAUCCAUCAUUUCCCACACAUAUCUAUAGUUGCCUUGCUUAAUUUGUUCCACAAAAUGGGUUGCCUUUGUGGCAGUCUGUUUCUGCUCUCAUGCCGAAUUGAAUUUUUGGCAUGACAAUGACAGCAAUGGAGUUAACAAGAGCACUAACAGAUUUUGGACCAGGUUACAAAAGGAGCACAAUGUCCCAGUGAUGCAUUUCUGUGCAGGUAAAGGCUGCAUUCAGAGAUGCUAUACAGUGGGGGGGAAAGUAUUUGAUCCCCUGCUGAUUUUGUACUUUUGCCCACUGAUAAAGUAAGG